GCGCCACGAGUCAAGUCACCGAUUCACAGAGAAUAGUAUGCGACGGAUACCGAAAAAGCUCAAGGAGUCUGAAAAUACUUUUGAAAAUUUUCGUGGAAUUUUCGCGAGAUGUGCAGCUAUUUUCGAGUCAGCCAUUUCUAAGGAUACCAAAGGAUUAAUCAGCCCCUGGGGAAACUCCUGUAUUAGGACGAACGAUUUCCUUCUUGACUUUUGGAAUUUAAUACACAACUGUCCAUGUCACAAUCCAGAAAAUGGUAUUCAAGCUCUAAAAACAGGAAUGGACAUUCAAGAUAAAUUCAUGAAGGUACCUAAUAGCGAGUGGAUAGUAAGAAAUUGCGUUCUCGCACGAAGACCUCAUGGAAGAUGGUACGAAGACAGUGAGAGAGCUGUCAACAUAGUCGUUGAGUGACUCGGCUUACACGUCGUGGAUGCAGUCAUGGCUGGA